UCUGUUUUUUUAAUCUAAAAUCUAUAAAUUCAAUUUAUAAAUUCAUCCUUUAAUACCUAAUCAAUAUGCCUAUCUUUCAAUUGAAACAGAUAUUCCCAAUUUCGCUCAUAAUAUUGUCCUCCAUCAACCAAAUCAAUGCUGUUGAACAGUGUGCUUCUUUAUAUGGUCAGUGUGGUGGAUUGAAUUGGAAUGGCCCCAAUUGUUGUACUGGCGGUUAUUUAUGUUCCUCUCAAAACCCUUAUUACCAUCAAUGCACUCCCAUUAAAACAACCACAGCUACCUCCACAGCUACAGCCCCAACCAUAAUCACUUUGCCCACCACUACCAACCCAGUCUUUGACGAUUCUGAAUGUGCAGCCUUAUGGGGCCAAUGUGGAGGAAGAAGUUGGAAUGGUCCAACUUGCUGCCAGGACUCUUAUCCAUGUCAAUCUGUCAAUGAUUACUAUUACCAGUGCACCACCAGCGUCAAUACUGAUACUCAAUGUGCUUCUUCUUAUGCUCAAUGUGGUGGUGUUAAUUGGAAUGGCCCAACCUGCUGUCAUCAUCCUCAUACUUGCCAAUAUGUCAACAAUUAUUACCAUCAGUGCACAUCUACUCUGAGAAGUCCAAAAACUACAACUACUUCGGCUACUACUCUAGAAACUACAACCACUUCUUCUUCAGCAACUACGACCACUUUUUUCUCUUCAACAUCUACAAUAUCCACUCCUCAAACUCUAUGUGCUCUUCUUUAUGGUCAAUGUGGUGGUUUAAACUGGUCUGGUCCUGAAUGCUGUCAGUCCCCAUUUUCUUGUUCCUCUCACAACCCUUACUAUCAUCAAUGUACCACAACAGCUUCAACUACUUCAGCUACAACAAAUACUCAAAAUCCAACCAGCACAAAUACAAACACCUUUUCAACAUUAUACACUGCAGCUUAUAACUCAACGGAAUCACAACCAACUUCUCCUACAAACAGCGAUGAAGUGUUUACUGUAAUUCCAAGUGGUGCGUCUGGCUCAGGUGUAACAACAAGAUAUUGGGAUUGUUGCAAACCUUCCUGCUCUUGGAAUGGAAAGGCUGAUGUUAGCCACCCUGUUCAUGCCUGUGCAGCUGAUGGCUUCUCUAUUCUAGAUGUCAAUGCCCAAUCUGCUUGUACUGGAGGCUCUGCAUUUCCUUGUAAUAACCAACAGCCAUGGGCCGUAAGUGAUUCAUUAGCCUAUGGAUUUGCAGCCGUUGCGUUGGGCGAUGGGGAUGAGUCUAAAACCUGCUGUGCAUGUUAUAAGUUAACAUUUACCUCUUCCUCAAUUGCAGGCAAAACCAUGAUUGUUCAAGUGACCAACACCGGUGAUGAUUUGGCCUACAACCAGUUUGAUAUUGCACUCCCAGGUGGUGGGAUGGGCUACUUCAGUGGCUGCCCUGUACAAUAUGGCUCUGACUUCUCUUGGGGCCAACAAUAUGGUGGUAUUUCGUCGCAGUCUGAGUGUGCUGGUCUUCCAGAGAGCCUUGAAAGUGGAUGCGACUUCAGAUUCGACUGGUUUGAAGGUGCCAGCAAUCCAGACAUUGAUUUCGAAAGAGUUGUUUGUCCAGCUGAGCUUGUAGCCAAAUCAGGCUGUUCUCGAAACGACGAAUAGGCUACUUUGUUCUUUCUAUAUUAUUUUUUUUCUGCAUUUUCACAAAUUCACUUCUAUAUUUAUUUUUGGUUUUUCUCGUUUUCUUCAUACACUUAUUUAUGCUAAUCUUAUUGUUUUCACAGUCCUG